AUGUCCGUUGAUGUAUUUGGAAUAUUGAAAUAUUUAAUUCUUGAAACUAAUAAUACACAUUUAAUAGAUCAUAUUCAUCAGUUCAAAUAUAUUGAUGUUAAUAAUCAACUAGAAAUUAUUAGAUCUUUACUUGUUCAAAGACCUCCCAAUCCUCCCAUUGAAUCAAAGAUUAAUGGAGAAAUCAAUAAAUUAAUCACAUGGAGAAACAAUAAUAAAAUACAAACUUCUACCAAAUUAAUUGAUCAAAAUUAUUUAUAUAAGAAUAAAAUCAUCUCGUUAUGGAAAGGGGACAUAACUACUUUGAGUGAUGUAUCGGUCAUAGUAAACGCAGCAAACUCAGCUUUAUUGGGUUGUUUUCAACCAGAACAUAAAUGCAUUGAUAAUGUAAUUCAUACAAAUGCUGGUCCUGACUUGAGAGAGGCAUGCUAUCAAAUUAUGCUUAAACAAGAACAUGAAGAACCAAUUGGAUCAGCAAAAAUAACUCCCGGAUUCAAUUUACCAGCCAGAUAUGUAGCUCACACCGUUGGACCGACUAUACUUAGAGGAUCAAAUCCAAAUUCAUUACAGAUUAAUCAAUUACGCAAUUGUUAUAUAUCAUGCUUGGAAGCAUUAGAGUGUUUAAAGGACGAGCUCGACAAAUCUAUUGCAUUUUGUUGUAUCUCAACUGGAUUGUUUGCAUUCCCUCAACAAAUGGCUUGUGAAAUUGCUGUUGACACAGUUCUCGAGUAUUUCGAUAAAAAUCCAGAUAGUUCAAUUCAACAAGUUAUAUUUAACGUAUUUCUGAAAAAGGAUCAAGACUUAUACCAGAAACAGCUAAGUAGACUCGAUAAGUAUGAGAAGAAUCAAUUGAAGACUUUUGAAAACCCCAAUAUAGCUGAGGCACAACGGUUGAUAGAAAAAGCUGAUUAUUUAUUAAUAUCAGCAGGAGCAGGAUUGUCUGCAAGUGUUGGGUUAGAUUAUUCAUCCAAUGAAUUAUUUAUCAAAGAGUACCAACCGUUUUUGAAAUUUGGAAUUAAAAAUCUAUAUCAAACUAUUGGAUUUCCAUUCCCAACAGAAUUAGAUCAGUGGAAUUUUUUCUUACAUCACUAUAUAAACACUUAUAAGAAAUGGCCCAAAACUGAAACAUAUCAGCAGCUUUUCAACUUAAAACAACAGUUUGAAGAUUGGUUUGUGAUGACUACUAAUGCCGAUGGGUUUUUUGUCAAGAAUGGAUUCGAUAGUUCCAAAGUGUUGACAGUGCAGGGUAAUUAUUCCAUCAUCCAAUGUUCAAAAAACUGCAAGGACGAUGCAUACGAGUCAAUUGAUGGAUUAUCUGAAAAAUAUCCACUAACUUCCUCAUCUCAGAUUCCAACUUGUAAAAAUUGUGGGUCUAAAAUGCAAAUGUUUUUACGAAUGAGUAGAUACUUCAAUGAAAAGAUAAUGGAUGAUAGAAGGAACAAUUUUCAUGAGUUUUUACAAAAAGUUGUGGAUUCAGGCAAAAAAUGUGUUAUCUUGGAGUUAGGCGUGGGCUUGAACACUCCUAGUAUCUUAAGAUAUUCCAACGAAGAGCGCGUUGAACAAUUUCCUGAAGUAUUUGAUCUAAUUAGAAUUGGUAUCGGUCCAAGUAGCUCAAUUAGUCCCAAACUUAUGAAUAAAGCCAUUGUCAUUGAUGCUGAUGUCAAGACAGCAAUAAACUUAAUAUGCAAUAAUGUAAAUUGA